GCGCUGGACGUGUGGGCGGCUAUAUGAAAAUCAAGUGAAAAGAUAUUCAAACAUCUGUUUCAUAUUUUUAAAUAAACAGCUAAAUUAGACGCAUUGCGUUCUCGCAACGUUUAUAGCAGCGCAUGAUUUGUGCUAGUGGCAGUGACAGUGACAAUAGAGACCGUGAACCGGCGCAAGAAAAAAAAAAUAUAAAUAUAAAUAAAAACAAGCAAGUGCCGGAGCGUGCUCGAGUGGCGUCCAUUACGCGCUCUGUCUGCGUUUCGGUCUACGGCUUCUUUGCGUUUCCGUCUUCAUCUGUGCUGACAAACUUUUUGGCUUUUGGCAACAAUAAAACGACAAUUUUAAAAGUCAAAACUUUGAGUGCACGGUUAGCAGCCGGCAGCUUAAGUAUAAACUGGAAAUUAAAUCAAUUGUUAAAAAAGCUAGCAAUUAGCAAUGAGCCAAAUAUUAAGCGAAACUUUGUGAAUAAAUAACAACAUUGAAGAUAAAACUUAAGACGUGCCUGGGAGAGCACGACGGAAAUGGCUGCUUAAGUGGCACACUUCCGGUUAAGCCGGACACUACUAAACAGCAGAGAGACCAAAGGCCACAGUUAAGCCAACCCAGACACAGACGCUUUUGACGUUUCUCACAGUCCGCCAGCCCAAAUAUUCAACUGGCAGCUUCCAGCUGCCAUCUGGGAAUCUUACAUUAAGAGCGUACAAACAAAAACUGUUGAGCAUGGCGAACUUCAGCAAUGAAACGACUAAUGCCUGGCUGGUCACGGUCAGCACACAGCUGCCUCAAGUGCUGGCAGUCAAUUGGAACUUGAGUGGCAGCUCCACCACAUUAGCCACGCCAAGCAGCAGCACCACCACCACCACCACCAUGAGUAGUCCAACUGUCAGUGGCGCCGAUGCAGUCGGCGAUGCCUUGGACGCCGACAAAUCGGGCAUCAUACACAAUCAGUUCGUGCAGAUCUUUUUCUAUGUGCUCUACACCACUGUCUUUGUGCUUGGCGUCUUUGGCAACGUGCUCGUCUGCUAUGUGGUGCUCAGGAAUCGCGCCAUGCAGACGGUCACCAACAUAUUCAUCACCAAUCUGGCGCUCUCGGACAUUCUGCUCUGCGUCCUCGCCGUGCCAUUCACGCCGCUCUACACCUUCAUGGGUCGCUGGGCCUUUGGACGCACGCUCUGCCAUCUAGUGUCCUUUGCCCAGGGCUGCAGCAUCUAUAUAUCCACGCUGACGCUGACAUCGAUAGCCAUUGAUCGCUACUUUGUGAUCAUCUACCCCUUUCAUCCGCGCAUGAAGCUCUCCACCUGCAUUGGCAUCAUAGUUAGCAUCUGGGUGAUUUCCCUGCUAGCCACUCUGCCCUACGGCAUGUAUAUGAAGAUGAACGACGAUGGCAAUGCCACCCAGCUGGCCAAUGAGACGCUCGCUAGCGUCAACGCUGCAGCAGAUGCCAGCUCAGCUGCCCAGGCUUAUAUGCAGGUGAUGACUGCGGGCGUUACGCUGGCCCCGGAGCUGACGGUGCAUCCUGUGUACUGUGAGGAGAACUGGCCGUCGGAGGAGUACCGCAAGGUGUUUGGCGCCAUCACCACAACGCUGCAGUUUGUGCUGCCCUUCAUUAUAAUAUCCAUUUGCUAUGUGUGGAUAUCGGUAAAGCUGAACCAGCGGGCUCGCGCCAAGCCGGGCUCGAAGUCGUCGCGACGCGAGGAGGCAGACCGGGAUCGCAAGAAGCGCACGAAUCGCAUGCUGAUUGCCAUGGUGGCGGUCUUCGGACUCAGCUGGCUGCCAAUCAAUGUGGUGAACAUCUUUGAUGACUUUGACGACAAGUCAAAUGAGUGGCGCUUCUACAUACUCUUUUUCUUUGUGGCGCACUCGAUUGCCAUGAGCUCCACCUGCUACAAUCCCUUUUUGUACGCUUGGCUCAAUGAGAAUUUUCGCAAGGAGUUCAAGCACGUGCUGCCCUGCUUCAAUCCCUCGAACAACAACAUUAUCAACAUUACUAGAGGCUACAAUCGCAGCGAUCGCAACACCUGCGGCCCGAGACUGCACCAUGGCAAUGGAGAGGGCGGUCCUGGCGGCAGUCUGGAUGCGGAUGAUCAGGAUGACAAUGGCAUCACGCAGGAGACCUGCCUGCCCAAAGAGAAGCUGCUCAUCAUACCUCGUGAGCCUACCUAUGGCAAUGGCAGUGGCGCCAUUUCGCCCAUACUCAGUGGUCGUGGCAUCAAUGCUGCACUCGUGCACAGUGGGCAGUCGCAGCUGCGGGAGCAGCAGCAACAACAGCAGCAGCAACUGGAGCUAAUGCGACGUGGCGCACCACGGCGUGGCCUGGAUGAGGAUGCGGACUACAUAGACUCCGGCGAUGAGCAGACGGUGGAGGUGCGCUUCAGCGAGACUCCAUUUGUCAGCUCGGACAAUACAACGGGGACGAGCACGCUGGAGACGAGUGCCAGCCACUGUCAGGAGCUGAAUGAGAAAGGCUUGACUGUUGGCCGUGGCGACAACAGCAGGCGGGGUAACUGAGAUAGGAUUUUUGAAACGCAUUUCUAGACACUGGUGCAGGUCGUCGAGCGGCACGAGCAUAGCAGCGACGACGACGACGACUCAGCGUCGGGGAAUGCGACAUAAGCUACAUCAAGAGCAGUAAGGAGAUGUGGCUUACACCCCGCUCGGUGACAAGGUGUAGCAAGUCGGGUAGACUGCGGACUGUGUGUGUGUGUGUGUGUGUGUGUGUGUGUCUGAGUGUGGACAAAAAAGUGCUGAUAAAUGCCAAAUAAAGUGACUACGAUGUGAAAAGUGCUGCGCUGUGUCGCCAUAGGCAACAGAGCCCCUAAGCAAUUGGCCAAAGCAGCUUCACUCAAAUGGAUGUGGUAUAUAUGUAUGUUUGUGUGUAUGUAUGUGUGUGUGUGUGUGGGUGUGACUAAGCCGCAUCUAGCUAGGUUGUCAAAGGCGUUGGCAACAAUUGUAUGAAUAUACAUUUGGUUUGGUAUUUUUCUAUUUUUUUCUUUUUGACAUGUGAUGUUUUACAUUCAGCGCAAUUGCUGCGCCAUUUCACAUGCUACAUAUUUACAGUUGCUUGCUGGGAGUCAAGUGAAUCCGUUUAAGCUCUGCCUCAAGGCCAUCAGCGUACCCACAUGCGUUUCAAUUUGCGUUCAACUGUCACACAUUUCUCUUUCGCAUUCGCAGUCGCAUACGCUUUCGAUUUGGAUUUCUCAGUGCCUGUUAUCGCGGGAGUUAAAUUCCGUGUGCCAAUUUUGGGCUCAAUUGUCUGGAAAUAUGUCAACGUAUAUAUUUGAAAAACAAAACCACAACAAAGCCAAAACGAAAAGUCUUAUAAUUUGCACAACUUAAAAUAAACACACACACACACACAGGUCACAGAGUAAAAAGAGCAGAUAUCAAGAGUGGCUUGUGGGUGGGCGUACGCACAUAAGCCUUAGCUGACAUUGAUGGGAUUUGCACAGGCCAUAACAAAACGACAAAAAUAUGUUGUGGCCAACUGACAGCUGGUGGAAUACAAAUUGAAUUGGCAUCUCCUCUAGGCAUUCAGCUCUUCGGCUGAUGGUUUUAUGGCUAUAAACUCAAGUUUAUCAGCCAAGCAAAGUGUUUGUCUUUAAUUUAA